AUGGCGGACGAAGCGACGGAGCAGCUUGUGGUGCGGCUCCAGACUCUCUAUCGAGCUCGUCGUGCACGCCGUGAAGCGGUCGAGUUGGCCAACAGCUCGUACCUUAAAUGCUGGGAUGCUGUGAGUGGGUUAGCGUACUACUGCAAUUUACGCACAGGUCUGUCGUCUUGGAAGAAGCCACUACUAUUGGCUGCUCGAGACCCCGUCGAGGCACCAGAAGACACGCUCGAAGCUCCGGUAGAUUCGAAUUCUGACCCAAGCGUCCAAUUGAGCCCGAAAGUUCGACAACAGCGACGUGAAGAAAGUUUGACUUUUAAGAAGAAAUGUGAGGAUGAAAAGCAAAGGCUGAUGCUUCGACAUCGUCGAAAGAUUGCUCGUGCCAUGCGACGCUUUGAGAAGAAUAUGCUGGACGAGAAGAGUAGAAAUCGACGAGAACGACAAACUAAACUGAAGAACGAUAACGAGCAGCUUUUACGAGACCUCUAUGCAGGCAAAAAGAAAGAAAAUGUGCAGACUAUCCGUGAAGCAGCGAUGCGAGGCAACUUGGAUCGAGUUGGAACGUUACUAGAUAUGGGCUUCAGCGCUGACGCCGAGAGUGCUAUGGGAUUGACUCCACUACUCGCAGCGUGUCAGAGCGGCCAUUUAGAAGUUGUCCGCCGUUUAUUGUCAAGUGGAGCUAGUGUAAACCAUGCACAUAUAAAGACAGGUCGGACGGCGCUGAUGGAAGCUGCCAGCCGUGCGAAACCACCAGUCUUAAAGGAACUUCUACGAUACGGUGCUCGAAUUCACGUGGAGGACGAACAGGGCGAGACGGUGUUCGACUGCAUGAAAGACGCUGCGAAUCGACUGAUCAUUGAGCGGGCAUGUCAAGUCUGGUGCAGUGAGAACGCUGCUCUAUUCCCAACAGAAUUUAGGCAAGUCUCGCUUGUUUACGCACUAAUCAGGAAGCGACAGCGAGAUAUGUACGAAGCCGAAAAAGUAGCAACACGUAGAGAACUGACCCAAUUAAAGCAGACACUUCAGCGGAAAUGUGUCGAGGCAAAAGUCCGCUAUGAUCAGGAUAUACGGGGAAGCAGCUUCGAGCCUACACUCAUGCGGAGACUUUCAGCGAUGGAAAUUGCCGACUCUCGAUACGAUACUGAGCGUCGUGUAGUGCUGCUAGAAAUCCAAGAUGCAGUCGACAGACUUCGCGACAGUGAACGGCCCUAUUUUAUACCUGAAGCAGCCAUACUAAACAUCCUGUCGUUCUGUGCUCGACACUGGUUUGAAGCUGAUUCUCAGCGACCGCGGCCAACGAAGAGAAAGAAGAAAACUCGCACCAAUUCUAGACUUGUCAUCCUUUCAAAUGUCGUUCCAAAUGCUCUUCGACCACCACCAGAUCAGCUUCCAGGAGAUCUCGAAGCAGAAUGGUGCUCCUUCCAACACACUAUUAAGGAACAUUGUGAUCAACUUGAGGCAGCAAUUAACAACGAGCACUUUGACGUGGCGAAUGGCGUCUCGAGAGAUGCAAACGGGAAUAGUCUCGCAACGCUCGACGUUUUCGUCGAGCAAGGGGAGAAUCUACCCUACCGCGAUCCGCGAAUUGGUGACUUGGUACGACACCGUAUCGUAGCCUGAAGAUACAAUUUGUUUAACAUUGUGUCGUCUAAAUUUCCAGAUCGACCCUUAUGUGCGUGUCUUCCUAAGAUCCACUUCAGUUCUUGAAAGCAGUGAAGUAUUCAAGUCGGAAAUGCGCAUCGCUGACCGCAAUCCGGCGUGGGAAUUCUGUUGUCAGAUUCCAGCCGUGCCUUCGAUCCGGAAGGAACUCGACAUCCAAAUUGUAGACGCAAAGCGAGAAGACAUCGCAGGUGAAGUGACGAUAUCGUUGCGCUCUCUCUUAGACCAGAAAGACCACAAAGACUGGUACAUGAUGCCUCCAACACUGCGCCAGCAAAUUCUCGAGAAAAAACCACGUGAACAACCGGCGCGAAUCCGUGUGAGUGUAAAACUAACCCACACAAAGUCCAUCGUGCUCACCCGCGAGCUUCAGCACCUACUAAAAACCCGCGAAGUACUUGUAAAAAAACGUCGAGAUAUUAUCCAGAACGCUCUUCAAACCCGACUACACCAAUUGCCAUAGUUUUAACUCCAAAAAAACUAAAAUGUCUGAUCUAUUCCUCGA